CCUGCAUGGCUCCAGCUGGGACGCCUUGAGCUCUGGAGCCCCCGGGCCCAUCUGUCUUGUCAGCACUCUUCUAUUUCUAGGUUAAGGAGCUCAGCCUUCUCAGAUGUGGCUUGAGAAACAUAGCCUCUUAAUCCAGGAUUUAAGGAGACUUAGAAGUGAGGAGGAGGCAGGAGUGAGCAGCAGAGAACAGUCUUCAGGGGUUGGCCCUGAGUGUGAGCGAGACACCCCAACUGAGCAGCCUCCUCCUUCAAAUCCUCCCCCAGGCCUGAUCUGACUGGGAUCAAGGGCCGCAUAUUGCCAGGAGGCAGGGAGCCCUGGAUGCUUGGCCAGGGCUGUGAAUGUUUUCACUUGCUUUCUGGGGGCAGGCGUGCCGGACUAGGCCUGCACCUGAUUUAUCGGACUCUAGAUCUGGAAGAAGUCUGAUCAGUCUGGGAUCCCUGAGUCAACUUUGAAGAUAAGAUGGGGACCAUAUCUUUGUGUUAAAGAGGUUUCUGCCUCGUUGUGACUCAUAGUAAAAAAUACCAAAGAAGGUUCCCUCUUCCUUUUGUCAGCAAACAAUUCACUCUUCCUUGGACCUGCUAUCUGCGUCCUGCAGAAACAUCGCACUUAAGUUAUGGGAAGCGGCACCUCAACCCAACACCACUUUGCUUUCCAGAAUGCAGAGAAAGGACAGCUGCAGCUGGAGGUUCAGCUUCCGGGAUGGUUCUUCACCUGGACUUCUGUCUCCCCAGGUGGUUGCCUGGUCCUCAGUGUGGAGUUUUCGCAGCCAGCCUUCAGGGCGGCAGCCCUGAUCCAGAGGUGGUACCGACGCUACGUGGCCCGCCUGGAGAUGAGGCGGCGCUGCACCUGGAGCAUCUUCCAGUCCAUCGAGUAUGCCGGGCAGCAAGACCAGGUCAAGCUCCACAAUUUCUUCAGCUACCUUGUGGAUCACUUCACCCCCAGCAGUCACAAUGAGAGGGACUUCCUGAACCGCAUGUUCACUGAGGAGCGAUCCCCCCAGGCCUUCGAAACGCAGAACUGCGGUGAUUAUGACUCCAUCGAGGUACCGGACAGUUACACAGGGCCACGCCUCUCCUUCCCGCUCCUUCCUGACCAUGCAACUGCCCUGGUGGAAGCUUUCAGAGGAAAACAAAGGCUCCAUGCUCGCUAUGUCUUGAAUCUUUUGCAUGAAGCCAGGAAACACCUGGUACAACUGCCAAACAUCAACCGGGUCUCCACUUGUUACAGCGAGGAAAUCACAGUGUGUGGAGAUUUACAUGGCCAGUUGGAUGACUUAAUAUUUAUAUUUUAUAAGAACGGCCUCCCAUCACCAGAGCGGGCCUAUGUGUUCAAUGGCGACUUUGUGGACCGAGGGAAGGAUUCAGUCGAGAUCCUAAUGGUUCUCUUUGCCUUCAUGUUGGUUUACCCAAAAGAGUUCCAUCUUAACCGAGGAAACCAUGAGGACCAUAUUGUGAACUUACGAUAUGGUUUUACCAAGGAAGUGAUGCAUAAAUAUAAGAUACACGGCAAGAAAAUACUAAAACUACUGCAAGAUGUGUUCUGCUGGCUUCCACUGGCCACUCUGGUUGAUGAGAAAGUCCUGAUUCUUCACGGUGGAGUGUCAGACAGGACUGACUUGGAGCUCUUGGCUAAACUAGACAGGCACAAGAUUGUUUCCACCAUGAGGUACAAAACAAGAAAGGAGAAUAAGAAACAGGCGGAGGAGAAGGGAAACGCCAACCAGACGGGUUCUGCCGGGAGACCCUCCCCGUGGUUUCUCCCCCAAAGCCGCUCUCUGCCCUCCUCGCCCCUCCGCCCCAGCACCCACAACGCCCACAGAGCCGGGCGCUCCUCCAGCGUCCCCUGCGGCGUCCCCCUGGACCCCAAGGAGCUCUCCCGCAGGGUGCGGCGCUCUGUGGACCUGGAGCUGGAGAGGUGCCGGCAGCAAGCGGGCUUCCCGGCGAUCAAGGAGAAGGAGGAGCCCUCGUCCUCGGAGUCGGAAGUGGACUCAGAUGCCGAGGAGCAGCCGCAACCCACACCGGAGGAGUGGAGGCAGGUGGUGGAUAUACUGUGGAGUGACCCCAUGGCUCAGGAGGGCUGCAGGGCCAACACCGUUCGAGGAGGCGGCUGUUAUUUUGGGCCUAAUGUGACAGAGCGGUUGCUACAGAAGUACCACCUGCAGUUCCUGAUCCGCUCACACGAGUGCAAACCUGAAGGCUACGAAUUCUGCCACAGUCGCAAGGUGUUAACCAUCUUUUCUGCCUCCAAUUACUACGAAGUUGGCAGCAACAGAGGAGCCUAUGUCAAACUGGGGCCAGACUUGACCCCACACAUCAUGCAGUUUCAAGCUAACAAGGCAACCCACACACUUACCAUGAGGCAAAGGAUUAGCAGAGUGGAGGAGUCAGCUCUGAGAGCCCUACGGGAGAAGUUAUUUGCCCAUUCCUCAGAUAUUCUUGUUGAAUUUAAGAAGCAUGAUAAAGAUGAAACUGGUCUAAUCACCCUGAGCGACUGGGCUGCAGCCGUGGAGUCUGUGCUGCACCUGGGACUGCCCUGGCGGAUGCUGAGGCCACAGCUGGUGAGCAGCUUGACGGAUAACAAGCUGGCGUACAAGUCCUGGCUGGAGAACUUGGCCAAAGAAAAACUGAGCCAACAGAACAUACAGUCAAGUUUGCUGGAAACACUGUAUCGCAACCGAUCCAACCUGGAGACCAUUUUUAGGAUCAUAGACAGUGAUCACUCAGGGUCCAUCUCACUGGACGAGUUCAGGCAUACUUGGAAGCUAUUCAGCUCUCAUAUGAACAUUGACAUCACAGACGACUGCAUCUGUGACCUUGCCCGGAGCAUUGACUUCAACAAGGAUGGCCACAUUGACAUCAAUGAAUUCCUGGAGGCCUUCCGCCUUGUGGAGCAAUCCUGCUCAGGGGGUGAUGUCUCAGGUUGCCCACAAGUCACUAACAGUAGUAACAGUGGCUGCAGCAGCCCAGGUGCACACUAAGGCCAGCUUUGUCCCCAUUGUCCAAGGUGCCUCGGAAGCAAUGCCGAGCUCGUUGCUGGAACGUCUUCCUUAUUCUCCGUGAAUUCAUGGAACUUUAUGCUGAGAAUUUGCUUACCAAUAUGCAACAGAAUCACCUGUGUAUUCAGGUGAAUUCUACCAAAGAACUUUUACCAAUCUUUCUCAAACUUUUCCAAAA